GGCAAGAAAGAUAGGGGAGAGUGUCCCAGGGAAAAAAAGGGAGAGAGCGGGACCCUAGAGGGCUGAGGAGAGGAAAAACGGCGGGAGGACCAACGGGGACAAGAAGACGGGAACGGGAGGGAAGCACACCGAGAGGGGAAACCUGCCUGACCUGAGGACAGAACAGGAAGGAAGCAGAUCUUGCCACCAAUGUCAAUGCUGAACUCUGGCUGGCUCCACCAAGAGGACAGUCCCAUCUCCAGGGAGUUAGUUCCUUCGGCCAACUCAGAUGACUCAGGCCACCUGCCAGAAGAGGACCCUGAGGAUACCUCUGCUCAGGGUCCUGCACUUCUGAGCUUGGGCAUACCUCAUCAGGACACCAAUCAUGUCCCCAACUGGCCUGGGCUUCAGACCCUCCUGCAGCAGCUCCCUCCACAGGACAGUGAUGAACGUUACUGCCUGACCCUUGGGGAGGAUGAACUGGCUGAGUUGCGGCUCUUCUGUGUCCAGCGGAAGCAGAAGGCCCUAGGACAAGGGGUGGCCCACCUGGUAACUCCCCAGCUUGAAGGACACACCUGUGAGAAGUGCAGGGAGCAGCUGAAGCCUGGAGAGUACAGCGUGUUUGCAGCCCCAGCAGGCGAGCAGUGCUGCUGGCACCGGCCUUGCUUCACUUGCCAGGCCUGUGGCCAGGCCCUGGUAAACCUCAUCUACUUCUACCAUGAUGGGCAUCUCUACUGUGGUCGUCAUCAUGCUGAGUUGCUGCGGCCACGAUGCCCAGCUUGUGACCAGUUGAUCUUCUCCCGGCGCUGCACAGAGGCAGAGGGACGGCGCUGGCACGAGAAUCACUUCUGCUGCCAGGGCUGCGCUGGGCCCCUCCGCGGGGGACAUUAUGCCCUGCCGGGGGGCAGCCCCUACUGCCCCAGUUGCUUUGAGAGCCGCUACUCAGAUGCGGGCUUGAGCCUGGCGGGGACACUGGAAGGGCGGGCGUCCCUUGGCUUGUGCAGAGCACUUCGGGAUCUGAGAAGAGCCUUUCUGACCCGGUCCGGAACAGGGGAGGGAAGUCCAGACCCAACUGAAAGAAAGGACCACGUCUCGUUAAACGCCGUGUUCACCUCCCGGGCAGAAUUUCCCGCCGCAACCUCCAGCUCCAGCCUGGAAACCCAGAGUGGGCGGGAGCUAGAACGCCUGGAGACGCCCCGUGAUCCCAAGGAGGACGCGUCCUGCCCAUGUCCCACCUGCUCCUCUUCCUCUGAUUCGGAACCCGAAGGCUUUUUCUUAGGCCAGCGUCUUCCGCGGCUCAGGAAGACCCUCGGAAGCUUCCAGGCAGAGGAUAGCGACACCUCCAGGAAGCAUUGCACCAUUUGCUAGUGGCGCAGCCGAGA